UGCGGGCGCCAACCGAGAACCGCGCGACUGCCGCUCCGCUGAUAGCUCGCUCCGUAACCACUGAGUGAUACGCUCCUCUUAUGACACGUUUCAGUGACGAACUGUUCUAUGAAAACGACUGAGUAGAGCCGCUUCCCGGCAACUUAUCGAAUGGACUCUAACACGAUAAGAGUGGCCGCGCCGCAGGGGCCUUUGAACAAAAUGCUUUAUGGAAGUGUUUCGGACUCUGAAUGCUGAUCGGUGUCAAGUGUUUGCGUAAAAAACUAUGCUCAGAGUUGGUGUGACAAAAAAUUUUCGGAGACGCAAGUCAAAACGGUGAGGUGUGUACUUAACCCGAGUGAUGUGCAAGGUGCCGGAGGUCUGAACAAAGUGACGGCGGGCGACAAGCUGGGGCCCGACGAGGCGCACGACGCCGCUGCGCACGCUCUACAACUGCAGACGAUGACUUCUACGAUGGGAAUAAUGACACUCAGCCGCGGCCCGUGUGACUUGGACAACAUGAGUCUGUUCCAAGACCUCAAGCUAAAGAGGCGGAAAGUUGACUCCAGAUGUAGUAGCGAUGGUGAGUCAGCUGCCGACACCAGCACGUCAUCGCCGGACCCGGGCCCACCGUCGCCGCGCAUGGCUGACGCGGGGUGCAGCACGCCGCCACACCCGCCGCCCGUGUUUGACGGCGGCGGCUCACCUUCGCCAUCUCCCGCCUGCCACCCCACUGUCAUUCGAUCUGCGCCACCUUACUCCUGUAUCAAGUUCGAGGGAGCGCCAGCUCCGAUUAAGACAGAGAGCUCUCCGGCGAACAAACAUGAAGCAAAUGUUCCUUCUCAAAUGUCUACCGUUAAGUUAGAAGGGACACCUUCUGAAUUACCCCAGCCAUACAGACCGCGUGUGGUUCCUCAACCACCUUCUAGUUCGCACGCAUCCCUCGCGCCAAGUCCUUGGCCGUCGUCGGCUUGCAUAAACGGCGUCAAGCCAGAAUUAAUUGGCGGACAUUUCCCACCCCAGCCAUUGGAACCCAAGAGUGGUGCGCGUGGUCCAACGCAAUGGCGAGGAGCGCCAGCAGUAAUAAUGGGAGAAUCGGGUGGUGUUCGAACGAUGUUCUGGACGUUGCCUGCAUCCUCGGCUACUGGUGAACCUGCAGCAAGCGCAUCACAUACACCAACUCCGCCUACUCCAGAUCCUACAACAUGCACGGAAGAAUCCGCUGCGAGACUACUUCUUAAUUUGGGUGGAGAGUUAAGGCGACCACGGGGGCCACCUUUGAACAUGGAGCUGCUCUGGGCAGGUGACGUGUCUCAAUUACCAGCUCAUCAACAAUUACAUGCGUUGAACUUAAGUGCAGCAGCCGGCAGCAUGCCAGGUGCCUCCGCUGUGGCAGGAGCAAGCUCGCUUGCAUUACCAAGGCCCGAAUUACGAACCUACGCGCCAGAAGCUGAACGCGAUGAGGACGAGCAACCUAUGAUUUGUAUGAUAUGUGAGGACAAAGCAACAGGACUACAUUACGGUAUUAUCACGUGUGAAGGUUGCAAAGGUUUCUUUAAAAGAACUGUACAAAAUCGACGUGUUUACACGUGUGUCGCUGAUGGUGGCUGUGAAAUCACGAAAGCACAAAGAAAUAGAUGUCAAUAUUGCCGGUUUAAAAAGUGUAUUGAACAGGGAAUGGUGUUACAAGCUGUUCGUGAAGAUCGGAUGCCUGGUGGGCGAAACAGUGGAGCCGUCUACAACCUAUACAAAGUUAAAUAUAAGAAAAAAAAGGCUGGGAAGGCGGCGACAACGACAAGUCGAGCGUCGCCGCCUGAAAAACCCAAGGAACCUUUACCACCUCUCCCACCGCACCUCGUCAAUGGAACCAUACUUAAGACUGCACUAACCAAUCCUAGCGAGGUUGUACAUUUAAGAGCACGGCUUGAGAGCGCCGUGUCGUCAUCGCGAGAUCGUGCUAUACCUCUAGAAAGAGCGUUACACAUGAUCCGAGCGUUGAUUGACUGUGAUGCGAUGGAGGACAUUGCCACCGUCCGGCACCUACCAGACCUAUUACAUGAUACGUCAGAAAUAGGCGACAAGCUCUGCAAGAUCGGUGACUCUAUCGUCCACAAGAUGGUCGCGUGGACGAAAAAGUUACCUUUCAUCAUGGAGAUACCCAUGGAAAUCCACUCGAAGUUAUUGAUGGAGAAGUGGCACGAGAUCUCAGUCCUGACGACGGCGGCUUACCAAGCGAUGCAUGGGAAACAUGCUCACGCGCCUCCAUCGUCGGACCACGAACAUGAUUUUAUGCAAGAGGUGAACGCGAAUCUUCGGACGUUACAAAAUUGCCUAACAUCAUUGAUGGGGAGACCCAUCACGCUGGAGCAGCUGCGGCUCGACGUGGGGCUGGUAGUUGAGAAGAUGACGCAGAUCACGUGUGUCUUUCGGCGCAUCCAGCUCAGGAUGGAGGAGUACGUCUGUCUGAAGGUCUACAUACUGUUAAACCAAGAGGUUGAACUGGAGGGUAUCCAGGAUCGCUACGUGCAGGUGUUGCGGAGUUACCUGGAGCAUGCGGCACCGCACCACCCCGGUCGUCUGCAGGAACUCUUCGCCAGGAUACCAGAAAUCCAAGCCGCGGCGAACCUCCUACUCGAGAGUAAAAUGUUCUACGUACCUUUCGUGUUGAACUCGGCUGAGAUCAGAUAGUAUAUGGCGCAGCAGGGUGUCUAGUUCUCGAUGUACGAGCGACUGGUCCCCCGCCCCCGGCCCCGCUGCACCCUCGUCUUAUGAUCACCGCACACCACGCUGUGUUCACCAGUCCAGCACAAGAGUUCGUACAAAUGUUCCUACUACUCGGCCCCCGACAAUAAAGUCAAAGAGUCGACAAUAGCGCCGCGGAAAAUUCCGAUGGUACGACAGCAGAACAAUAAGAAAUCGCAAAAGGACUGUUUUACAACGUUGGAAGCGCAAAACAGUACCGAUAAAUCUGAAGACAAGCGGACUGUUUAGAGUGUGAUAAGGACCUCAGUACAACCCUGAUCGAAGUCAACAACGACAUCUCUGCGUGUCGAGAGAAUGGUUACACGACGCGCACCGUUCGCGCCGCAGUGACAGGUUCGAGUGCAAAUAAGACAGUGCGGUACAUUUAUACCCUUGUUGAGUCAAUGUGUGUAUUGGUAUAUUGUUUAGUAGAGGAAUUAAAACGUCCCAAUUGACAGACUGAUUUAUUAUAAAAUAAUUAGUGAUUAAGUACCAGGGACUUGAAUGCGUGUUUUAUACGUGGUAGUGUAUACUAACUAGUGUUAAAUAGAAUAAAAUAUAUAAUUAUGUUACUAUUUAAAUUUGUCAGUCGGAAAUCGCAUAAUAUAUAUAUAUAAAUAAUUAUUAUUUCUGUAAAUAUAGACUGUAGAUUAUGAUAAAAAUAAAAGUUGUUUUUAGACAGAAUUGUUUCUUGUAAAUGAAAUAUUGCUGUUUUAGUUUGCAUUUUAUAUCGUGUAGGUAUCCAGUCGUUUAAACUUUUAAACUGAGUGGAAAAAAUUUAAUUUAAUUUUUUAUGACUUGUACGUAAUGUAAGUAGCACUAAGUACCUACCUACCUACUCUCAGUGUUUACCAAGACUGCUUGUAUACAACUAUAACUGUUUUAUACACUAAUUUAGAGUGGUCUCGCUCGGUUCUUAGUCACAACUAAUGCAUUUUUAUUGCCAAUACUUCGCAUAACACUUGUGCAUAAUUAUUACUAUGUUUCUGUAUAAACCAUUUCCCAUUCUGGUCUAAUUAGGUUUAAGCGACCAUGCACAUACCCUUAAGAGCGUGUGUUAUGGUUUCUUAUGUGUACAAUCCUUUGUUAUUCUAAGCCGACGAGAUUUUGUUUCUUGAGGUGCUUUAUUAUACUUUGCUUCCUUCAAUGUGUUCAAACUUUUGUGCUCAAUCUAUCGUUGUUUUUUGACGAUUCAUUAAAUUCACCUAUUUCAAUAUCAUCAUUUCAUGUUUCUGUAAUAAAACAUUGUUUUCCUGGUACUAUAUUAACAUAAUACAAUUACAUUUUUAACAAAAAUUGGUAAUAAAUAAUUUGAAAUGUUAAAGUUACAAGAUUCUGAGCACCACACGUUUACAAAAAGCUUUUAUUUUAGGCUUAAUUUUUAUUUUUACAAAAAAGAUAUUGUCAUUAUUUCAUAUCAAAGAGAAUCAUUUCAACACUCCUUUCUUAAAAGCAAGACAUACCCCUAUAUCCUUCAUCUCCCAUAACAUCAGUACCCUUAGAACGAUCAACAACACAAAUCGCACAAUUAACAUUGUUUUCUUAAUCGUAUCGUACUAAAAUCUAUAACUAAUCGUCAUAAAAUCAUAAUUCAUAGUUAACAUUUUAUCAUUAUUAUUAUAUAACGUGGCAUCAAACAGAACUAAGUCAGUCAUAUUAGACAUAAAAAAUAUAAAAAAUAACAAAUCUUUAAACUAAGUGAUGAUAUUAGACUUUCCGAUCUUAAAACUCAAAAACCAGUAAUCACUGCCUCGACUUUUUCAAGUUAUUUGCCGUUAUCGUUAUUAACACUCGUAUUAAUCGUUAAUAUUAAAUUGUAUUAAACGUUCCAUCAACGGUGAACAGUUACCACUAGCUAUAGGUAAAGGCUACGUCUGCCUUGUUAAAAUUAAGUAAUUACAACCAAAAAAGUUCGUUCUAGGGACUUAGGUUCUAGUUAAAUAAACGGUGUAUGCCUUAGCAUUGUUGAAUUCAAUGUCAACAAUUCAACAUACAUUAUGAUAGAGAUAUAUGUGUGUUCGUUAAGAGAAUCUUCUGAUUUAUUUAAGAAAAAUAAUCUGUUUUUACUAACGUACAAUACCCCAUUUUUAUUGUAUUCUAUACCAUUUGGAGAAUUUGAUAUUGUGAAUUUAAAUUAGAAAAUCACAAGUUUCCAGGCCAGUUAAAAUAUACUUAGAAAUAACAUCAAAGCUUUCUUUCUAAUAAAAUAAAAACAACUUAGUAGUAAUAAAAUCUUUCCAGUUAUAUUAGACAAAAUGAUUACAAUACAAGAGCCGUUUCUACUGUCUUUCUUACAGAUAACAAUUUUUAUACUUAGAAAGGACAAUGAUUUGAGAUCCUUAAUUGAAUGAGCGACACACGUCCGUUCCUCUUCGCGUUACCAUUAAUUAAGUGUUAGCAAUUAUUAAUGUGUUUGUAAAUUGUAAGUUAUUAGUUUGAAUACGACCAGUUACGAUACUGCCAUCAAAUGCCUAAAUAGUUUGUCAGUUAAUUUUGUUAUAUUUUACGUAUGUUUAGUUAAGUUGAUGAUGUCGGUGAAAUUAUUAGUUAAUUGUGAUAGGAAACAGUGAUGUUUAUCGUGUCUAGUUUGCAAUCGGUCUCGCUUGCGUGAUUCUUCAUAUUUCUCGGACUGGUGAAUACUACACGACAAUUCGAUAACUAUAUUUAUUUAUUAAUUUUUAUCUAACGUAAUAUAAUCAAUUAGUUUGUAAAUACACCAUCAGAACGACGGUGGUAAAUCUAAAGUCUGAGGUAAAGAUGCCUUUAUAGAUUUUUAAACAUGUAAUGACGGAAAUCGUUAAUAAAAUAACUAUAAUCGCAAAUCGUGCAUCGUUCUACUAAUGUGUAAAUGCUAUGUAAGUAAUAUUGACACUUAUUUUGUUAGUAGCUUAGUGUUAAGGCGAAACUAACGGCAUUCUAUCAAAUGGGAAUUAGAAUUUUAAGGAUGUUAUUGGCAUUGUACAAACGAUAGUAUUUGUUAAUAAUCAAACUAUCAAAUUGGCGCAUUACUGGCGAGUACCUAAUUAGAAUAGUACAUGAGAAGCCCAAAGAGGCUACACAUUGAUAAAACGUGUAAAUACAAUUUUUCUUCACGUGUAAAUGGCCACUCGCUUUUCGUUGCUUUUCUAAAUUCGUUUGCUAGACAGACUAUAGGCUUUUUUCGCCUCUUGAAUGUAAAACUUUAGAACUUUUGUACUUUAAAUAUAACAGAAAUUGAACUGACUGAAAGUGGACUUGGUAAUUCUUAAUCAUUUGCUUCUGCUUACUGUUUUUUUUUUCAUAUUAUAAGCGAUCGUCGAUCUCGUGAGAACGAACGACCUAGCUUGACCGACGCUGAGCACACUUUUAUAAUGUAAAUAAUGAAAUAAAUAUAGAUUCUUGUCACAUUUACGCGUGCAAAAGUAAUAAAUACCAUCCAUUAUUUUUCAAGCUUAUAACACAAUUAUUAUUGCAAAGUAAGUAUAACAUCAGAACCUAGUACAGCAAAUUAACGGUUAAAACAAUAUUAUAUGGCUAUGCAUUUUUUUUCUUUUACUAUAAGUCAAUUACACAAUAAUUAAUCUAAAAUAUACGAGCCUACAUUAUUCACGUCACCGGUUGCUCAGACGUCGGUCAUUAGUUUAUACUGCGAAAAUAUUUUGACUGAUAUUAGUAAAUAAACAUAUUAUUAUAUUAUUACGUAUAAGUGUGUAACAAAAACUUAAUGCAUUUCACAGUUUCUUUACAGUCCAUAAGGAAAAAUAAUUAACGUCUAAGAUAUCGUGACGAAAUAUUUUCACAUUCAUAGAAUAAGAGUAUGGUUUGUUGUGUAUAAAAUAAUAGCGUUUCGUGUAUUUCGGGUAAAAGAGGGUUGAAAUGUGUACAUUAGACAUUGUAAUAAAAUACUUAGUUAUAUAAAAUUGACGUGUGUAAUGCCGUAAAAGAAUAUAUAUUUGGAAAUGUUGACGAGUGUUUGUUGUAUGUAAUUACUUACAAGUCACAGAUGGAUAUUUGAACUCUAUUACCAAUAUAUGUAUAUCUAUUCUAUACAUUGUACAUUUAUUCAGAUGCAUUAACUGUGGAGUUCCGUUUUAGUUACACCAAACAAACACGUUUCGCUUAUCAUUAUGUUUAUUUGGAUAUUGAAGAAAACUUUAUUCAUAUUUGUAUAAUGCAUACGUAAAUCAUCAAUGUUAUAUUAUAUAUAAAAUUACGAUAUUCUCUGUAAAUGUGUACUAAAAGUAUGUCUGUAAAACAAAAAUAUAGAAAAUAUCGUAAAUAGAACAAUAAAAUUAAUUUCUGAGGAAAAACACAUCACAAAUGUAACAAUGUUUUGCGCACUUAAAUUAAAUAGCAACAAUUAUGAGAGUUCUGUGUGGUCGAGUGUUUUGUAUUCACGUAUUUAGUUGGGCUCGCUCAAUACCAAGACUUAUCGCUUUCAGAACUAGCAUACUUAUACGUUAAGUAUUAUGUAACCUUAGGAUCCUUGUUUACAUGUAGAAAAUCACAUUAGUUGCUGACUGCAGUACUGUUCUGGGUGGCUCUACGGCUGUUUGUUAUAAAUCGACCAAGUUAAGUUGUACUGUGUUGGUCAACUAAGAAAAGGAUUAUCCCGAUGCCAUUUCAUACCGCUAUCUCUCUAGUGUUUUUAGUGUUUAGAAAGAAGUGGUUAUUUAAAUAUGACAUCUCGAUAGUCCUACUUUUCAGUGACCCGCAUUGUACAAAUUGUACAGUGAUUGUUUGUAUUAACUCGUUUGUGGUGCGCCGCGUGUUAUGUUAGUCAAUGGAAUGCGUACGGUUUGCCAAGAGAAGUUACCUACAAUUGUGUUUAGUUAGCGAUGCAUAACGUGUUUGUACUUUAAUUUGUUUUUUAGUUAUACUCUUGGAAAUCAAUGGUUAAUAAUUUAAGAAAAUAAAAUGUAUGUGAAAUA